AUGGGCAACGAAACCGUCAAGACAACCGAGGCCGCGAGCGACCUCAAUCCAAACGGCUUCGUCACUGACCGCGAGGUUGACGGGGAGCGACGUUCCAUCCGUCACUAUAAUGAUGGUCGAGUAUCGGGGCGUGGUAGGAGUGUCGAGGCCAGCCUCCGAACAAAGAUGCACAAGAACUUCACGGAGGCCGGAAGUCACGCUAGGCCUCCCACCUCCCACUGUUGGGAAUUGAGCGGUCGUUCUACUCCAGCUGUUGGGCCCGGCCCACCUGAUAUCGCUGAUCUCACUGCUGCCAUGGCCAAGCUCACUGCUGACCAUCCCGCUAGCGCGAAGGUAAAGAGACUCAGCAAGAAUUUGAACCUCGAUGCCGAUCCGGGGAUUGGGCCAGUGGCCAUACCAAAGGUCACUCCUUUAUCUGUAGCUAGUGUGGUCUCCUCUAAGCGUAGCACGGGCAGUGGCAGUUCUGUCAAUGCUAGGAUAGCGGAUAUUGAGGAUCGAGUAAGGAAUCACAUCAACACACGGCUCCAGCCUCUAAGGGAGGAAGACGAAGAAUAA